AUAUAUUUGUAGUAUGGCCUUAUAUUACCACUCAUGACUUGUAUUGUGAGAAGAUAGUUUUUCUCUCCCAAGUUCAUGGAUUGUUCAAACUCCAAUGGAGGAUCAAAGAGGCUUCUGGACUUGGCGCAAAGGCUCCGCCUUUACAAGCCCCCAAUAUUCCCUGAAGACAUCUUGGAUGACAUCAUGGAAGACAAGGUUGUCUCAGAAGUGAGUUACUCAGAAUCAACCACCUCAAUGGCUCAAAACACAGAAAAAUUCAGAUACAAGAGAGCUGCUGUUUUGAUCUGCAUCUUUGAAGGAGAUGCUGGGGAUCUCAGAGUGGUACUCACCAAGCGCUCUUCCAUGCUCUCCACUUACUCGGGUGAAGUGGCCUUGCCCGGUGGGAAAGCGGAGGAGGGGGACAAGGACGAUAAGGACACGGCAAAGAGAGAGGCAAUGGAGGAAAUUGGGUUGGACCCUGAACUUGUCGAUGUCGUUACUGUUCUUGAACCAUUUUUCUCUAAGUACCUAAUGAGAGUGGUUCCUGUGAUUGGCAUUCUUCAUGACAAAAAGGCAUUCAAAGCUGUUCUGAAUCCUGCUGAAGUAGAAGCUGUAUUUGAUGCACCUUUAGAAAUGUUUCUGAAGGAUGAAAAUAGGAGUGAGGAGAAGAUGGAAUGGAAAGGAGAGAAUUAUCUGAUACAUUUGUUUGACUACGAAAUGGAGCAUAAAAAAUAUCUGAUAUGGGGUUUAACUGCUGGGAUCUUGAUAAGGGCAGCAUCAGUUGUGUACCAACGACCACCAGCUUUCAUGGAGCACAAUCCUAAAUUCAAGCUUCCUCAACUCAUUUAACUCAAUUUACCUCUUAUAACAAUUGUUCACCCAUCACUACUACUACUAUUACACAUUUCAAGAUUAACUCUUUAAAUGUAUCCCAACACUUGCACAAUGCUAUCAAUAAGUUACAAUUGUUUACUUCAAAGGAUGCAUCAACAAUUAUUUUAAAUAAAUACAACCAUUUAAGAAUUUAUAAC